AUGUCCGAACAAGCCAGCAGCCUCUCGGAAAAUCGCUCCAGAUUGAAGGAAUUCAUAGCUUCCAUCUCCGUCAUCCGCGGCGACUUGUCCAACAUCACCGCCCCGCCGUUCGUGCUCGACACAAAAUCCACGGUAGAGUUGCCUGCGUUCUGGGCCGAGCGGCCGUCCGUAUUCGUGGCGCCCGCCGGGUCGGAGGCCCCUGCAGAGCGCGCGCUCCUCGUCUUGAGGUGGUUCGUGUCGGCGCUGCGGAACCAGCAGUAUGCAGGCCGCUCCGAGGCCGAAGGGGUCAAGAAGCCCCUGAACGCGUUCCUGGGAGAAGUCUUUCUCGCAAAGUGGGAGGAUGAAGUCGGAACGACGAGACUUGUCAGUGAGCAAGUAAGCCACCAUCCUCCAGUCACGGCUUGUCGAGUGUGGAAUGAAGAACAUGGCGUUUCGGCAGAAGGAUACACGCGACAGGAAAUCACAUUUACCGGAACCGUUAACAUCCGACAGAUUGGCCACGCGACUCUCCAUCUGUCGCGACAUGACGAAACGUACCUCAUCCCGCUACCCAACGUCAAGAUCAAGGGGAUCUUGACUGGAAACCCAUACCCCGAGCUCCAAGGGACCUACCACAUCCCCAGCACGAGCGGGUACAUGUCGACCAUCGAGUUUGGGAGCAGAGGGAUCUUCUCCAGCUCGGACAAGAAACACAGCUUCGAAGCGAAAGUGUACCGUGAAGGAGACAAGGAAGAGAAGCCACUGUACAGAGUAACGGGCCACUGGGACGGGGUGUUCGUGAUCCACGAUGUCGGGAGAGAUGUAGAGGUUGAGAGGUUUGACGUCCGAACGGCACAUACAACACCGUUGAUGACGGACCCGCUCGAGGAUCAGGAUCCGUGGGAGUCUCGGGUUGCGUGGCGAGGAGUUCGCGACGCUCUUCUCAAGGGCGACAUGCAGGGCGCAGCAGACGCAAAGUCAAAGCUCGAAAAUGGACAACGAGAGAUGCACAGGACAGAUGAAGACGGCAGACACUGGACUAGGCUCUUUUAUGCCGCGGGAAAGAGGGACGAGGUUGCUGAGGAGCUAGGGAAGAAGAUAGGCCUGGCAUUCGAUCCGGCGGAGACGGUCGCCGCGUGGAAGUUUCGACUCGAAGAGUGGUGCGAGGGACGGUUUAAGAAACCCUACCACGGAGGCUUGAGGCCUGAUAAUACGAGAUCCGGCGAAAGUUGUGAAGAAGCAGUAACGGAUCGAGGUGUGGCGAACGGGAUAGUUGCCGGAGAUGCGGGAGAAAAGACGGCACAUCCUAUCGUCGAAGAACAGCAGAGUGCAGAUCCACUGUCGACGGUGAAUCAAGACGGCGAUGUCAAGAGUAACAGCCGCGGUGACCGGCCGCAGGAAUCGAGCGUGGUUCCAUCUGCGACGCUUGGACAGCCGGGAAUGAGAACCGGAGAGAUCGAGAGCGGAGUGGCAGGGAUGAGCGUUCAGGAAAAGAAUGCUGUCGAGGACUUUCUCAGGAAGAAGUAUUCAGCUUCCGGUCGCUGA